GAGAUACUCUGCAAAAAUUGUCGCGGAUACAAUAAAAAAUUAAGAGGUUAUGUAUAGUUUAUGUUUAUAAGUUGAAUUUGGAAAUGGAUUUGGAAAGCGAAGCCCUAUCAGACUUGUGCGGGCUGCCAACGGAACCCCCAGAAAUGCGCCUCACCUGCGACAAAUGCCAACGUCCCAAGAUUGUUUGUUAUUGCGGCUCGAUUCCCAAUCCGCCCCUGAGCCCCAAAAGCCGAAUAAUCCUCCUGCAACACCCCGCCGAAGAGAAAAGGUGCCUUAGAACAGCCCCCAUGCUUCAGUUGGGGCUCGCUGAAGGAAAGUGCCUUGUUUAUAAAGGAAAACGAUUUCCUGGCCUUCACGACGAUCUAAUUAAUGUUUUAGAAGCUUCUAAUACCUUACUGCUUUUUCCUAGUCCGCAGGCUGUUGAUAUAAGCCAUAUAACACCUAACAAGAAUUAUAAUAUUGUUAUAAUUGAUGGGACUUGGCCUCAAGCUAAAGCCAUUUACACUAGCAGCCCAAUUUUGCACAAGAUAAAACAAAUUAAACUAUUAAAUACUUGUACAAGUAAUUAUAUUAUAAGGACCCAGCCUGCAGAUGGAUGUUUAAGUACUUUGGAAACUGGGGCCCAAUGUUUAGCACUUCUAGAAGAAAACCAGUCAUUUAAUGAGAAAUUAUUGGAACCAUUAAAAAUGAUGUGCCAAUUUCAGUUGGAAAAUGGUGCAGUAUCCCACCAAAGCAAAGAAUUUUUAAUUAAAAAUAAUUCUUAUCCAAAAUUAAUAGGAAAAAGAUUAAAUAAGGUACUGAAAAAUGCAGAAAGAUUAAAAAAUUAAUGUAUUAAACAAUAUGUUGAAAUAUGCCUUGAGUUAUCAAUUCCUCACACUCGCUCCUUGGUAAAUAGUGCCUGCUAUCCUUCUUCAAUAAAAUAACAGUACCAUCAGACAAUUCGUAUUUACCAUAGUCCACCAAGCAUCUAACUUCAAUGUAGAGGGCUUUUGGUGGUCUCAAAUUGAGCCCCAAAUUCAAACCGUCUUCGCCAAUAGACAUCAUAUAGUUAGCCAAACUGCUUGAAUAUUUUGAGAACCAUUCUGUUUCCAAUGGGCUCAAAUUGGUUUUAAUUUCUGCUGGCAGGACGCUACCAAACUCCCAUCUCAUUGUACGUAAAGUUCUCAGGCGGUUAUAAUGGUAGGCUAGUAAACAGCGGACAUUUCUUUUGGUUGCUGCUACUCCUACACGUAACGUAGGGUACUGGACACUGUUGUGAUUUGCUAUACCACUUUCGUU